AUGCACAUUCGACAUUUUCAGAGUAUGACAGCGAAUGAUCCAGAAUUUUAUUUUGCAAUACAAGUAGACAGUAGUGGACAAAUGAGGAGUGUAUUCUGGGCCGACGGAAGAUCAAGAGCAUCUUAUUUGCAAUUUAGUGAUGUUAUUGUGUUUGAUGUGACAUACAGAACUAAUAAGUUCGGUCUUCCAUUUGCUCCAUUUACUGGUGUAAAUCACCAUAGGCAGUCCACUUUACUUGGUUGUGCAUUAUUAGCCGAUGAACAGGAAGAUACCUUUGUUUGGUUAUUUGAAGAAUGGCUGAAAUGCAUGCACGACAUUGAACCAGGUGCUAUUAUAACAGAUCAGGAUAGAGCAAUGUGUAAUGCUAUUCACUCAUUUCAAAGGUAUUGGGGCUUGUGGUGCAAUAGUUCUUCAAUUGAACAAUGUGAAGGAUAUUGGGUUGAGAUGAAAGAGAAGUUUGAUAUAAAUGAAGAAGGGGAGGGAUGGUUGCAAACAGUUUACAAAUGCAGAGAACACUGGGUGUCGUGUUAUCUGAAGGACACUUUUUUUGCUGGAAUGAGAUCAAGCCAAAGGAGUGAAAGUAUUAAUGCAUUUUUUGAUGGGUAUGUUAACUCACAGACUCAGUUACACGAGUUUGUGACACAAUAUGAAAAAGCAGUAACUCAUCGUCGCUUAAGUGAAGCCCAUGAAGAUUUUAAGAGUCUGAACACAAAGCCGGUUAUGCUCCUUGGACAUCCAAUUGAGAUCCAAGCUGGAGAAAUGUAUACACGCAAUAUGUUUGAUGUGUUCCAUACUGAAUUCAAAGGAUUUGGUACAGAGUUCUGUGAAGAAUUGAGAAAAGAUGGGGACAUUGUUGAAUACAAGGUCUGUAAGUUUACAGAUAGAGGAAAAUGGGAGGUGGUUACUUAUGAACAAUCCAGUCAGAUCCAGUUCUGUUGCACUUGUGCUUUGUUUGAAACUAAUGGUGUUGUAUGUAGACAUAUAUUAUCGCUAAUGAUGGCUAGGCAAAUGGAUUCAUUACCCGACCACUACAUCCUACACCGUUGGACCAUACAUGCAAGGCAUCGUAACAUUGGGGUUGGCAAUAUUGUAUUUGGAAGAAACAUCACCAGCUGUGAAGAGAAGAUUAAUUUAUUGAAAUCUUGGGCUUUAAGAGCAAAAUUCAAUAAUGUGCUCGAGCUUGCAUUUGAUUCAGAAGAGAAGCUGCAACAACUUGAUGAUGUGCUAACAAAUUUCAUGGAAUCACUUGAAGAAGAAACCUGCAAGGACUAA